GUGGACGCCACAGCGCACCGCUCAGCUCUCGUCGUCUCUUACUUGGUCCCGCGAAGUCCCGUGGGCGAAAAAGGUGGCGGCGAAUUUUUCGGCGUGGAUGGGGAGGAGGGGAGCAAUUCUGACUUUUUGUAGUGACAGGAAGUUGGAAAAUGAAAGUACAGUAAUUCAGUGCUUACCAAGGCCGGUGAGGUUGCACCUCUUCCCCCGGACUUUGAUCUCCUGUAGGGCACACGCGGCUGUCCGUGUUUCUUCCUCUCUCUUAGCUCGCUAGUCAUCCGGUGUCGAGUUUCAUUUCUUUUUCUAUUUCGCUCCAGCGGCCCCCCGCCCCUCUUUACUUUCCGCCUUGUGCACAGCUGCAUCGAGGCUGGUAACUUCAUUCCUGAGAUCAAUUGGAAACAUCUUUCGGGGCGGGAUAGUAACUGGCCUUGGAAGGAAAUAGGGAUGUUGUUAACUGAAGUAGUCAAAAGUACACACUUCACUUUUUCUCCAGCUAUUGCUAUUUGAAAUUUGGGGAAUUUAAAUAAAGAUUCUGGAGUUUUAUGCCUCAUCAGAAUGGUUUGCCCAUCUCUUUGGUUGAUAGAUCAGAUCCUCUGUCUUCUUUUCCCACCCCCUACACCCCCUGGCUUGGAAAACUUGGUGCUUCAAUAUUUAGGCUUGGCAGCGGUGUUUUCAUUAAAAUGUAGUAUGAUUCAAUAUUUUCCCUUCAGGAACACUCUUCUCUUUGAUUUUACUUGAACAUUAAAACUGCAUAAGUGGAAUAUGUUCAUUCCUAGUGAAGUAGUGUCUUCAGGUUUUAUUGUAAGAAUAUUGUAAGAACUGUGCAGGAUCCUAUACAAAGAAUAUUUUUUAGGAGCCUGUGUAGUUACAAACGUCUGGUUACUUUUGGUUACUUUUUGACAACGGUGAGUAUUUUGAUUCGAAACUAGGCUUGAUACAUUCAUAACUUGGUUUUGUUUUAAGUAGCAGGCUGAAGAAAAUUUGGAGACUGUGUUUUUUUGGGUCUUAGCUACUGUCUCUGAAAAAUAGUUGGGCUAUGGGUCACCACAGCAACUGGACUGUGUGUAUUAUAAACAUGUUUAGGGUGGAAAAGGUUUUAUUUAAUAGAGACUUCCUUUCCUUAAUACAUUACUUCAACAUGCUCCCUUUCAAUUUAGCACAGGGAUUGGUCUAUCUUUGAAGUGUUAAAAUAUAAUCAAUUAUGUUUUCAGCCUUUACCCCCUCAAAAAUCAGAUACCUUCAUUUGGACCAGUUAAGUGUUUUCUUCCUUUGUUAUAACUUUAAACUUUAAAAAUUGCAGUUGUGGAAAACUCGGGAUUCUUGUGAGAAGGAAAGUCAAGUAACUAACCUCUUUUUUUUUUUUUUUUUGAUAGGUAACAAAAAUAAAAGGUUUUGUUUGGUUUUGUUGUGUUUUUGUUUUUGUUUUAGACAAGGUCUCACUCUGUUGCCCAGGCUAGAGUGCAGUGAUGUGGUCUCUGCUCACUGCAACCUCCAUCUCCCAGCCAUUCUCCCAUCUCAGCCUCCCGAGUAGUCACGCACCACCAUACCCGGCUAAUUUUUUGUAUUUUUGGUAAAGACAGGGUUUCAACAUGUUGCCUAGGCCGGUCGCGAACUCCUGAGCUCAAGCUCCCCCCUUGGUCUCCCAAAGUGCUGGGAUUACAGGCAUGAAGCAACCACAUAAUUUUUAAUAACUGUCUUAGGGGAUUUUUUUCUUUAGCUUUUAUUUAUUUAUUUACUUAUUUAUUUAUUGAGACAGGGUCUUGCUGUGUCGCCCAGGCUAGAGUGCAGUGGUGUGAUUUCAGCUCACUGUGACUUCCGCCUCCCAGGUUCAAAUGAUCCUUCUGCCUCAGCCUCCCUAGUAGCUGGGAUUACAGGUGUCCACCACCACGCCCAGCUCAUUGCUAUGGACAGUGCUAUCACCCUGUGGCAGUUCCUUCUUCAGCUCCUGCAGAAGCCUCAGAACAAGCACAUGAUCUGUUGGACCUCUAAUGAUGGGCAGUUUAAGCUUUUGCAGGCAGAAGAGGUGGCUCGUCUCUGGGGGAUUCGCAAGAACAAGCCUAACAUGAAUUAUGACAAACUCAGCCGAGCCCUCAGAUACUAUUAUGUAAAGAAUAUCAUCAAAAAAGUGAAUGGCCAGAAGUUUGUGUACAAGUUUGUCUCUUAUCCAGAGAUUUUGAACAUGGAUCCAAUGACAGUGGGCAGGAUUGAGGGUGACUGUGAAAGUUUAAACUUCAGUGAAGUCAGCAGCAGUUCCAAAGAUGUGGAGAAUGGAGGGAAAGAGAAACCACCUCAGCCUGGUGCCAAGACCUCUAGCCGCAAUGACUACAUACACUCUGGCUUAUAUUCUUCAUUUACUCUCAACUCUUUGAACUCCUCCAAUGUAAAGCUUUUCAAAUUGAUAAAGACUGAGAAUCCAGCCGAGAAACUGGCAGAGAAAAAAUCUCCUCAGGAGCCCACACCAUCUGUCAUCAAAUUUGUCACGACACCUUCCAAAAAGCCACCGGUUGAACCUGUUGCUGCCACCAUUUCAACUGGCCCAAGUAUUUCUCCAUCUUCAGAAGAAACUAUCCAAGCUUUGGAGACAUUGGUUUCCCCAAAACUGCCUUCCCUGGAAGCCCCAACCUCUGCCUCUAACGUAAUGACUGCUUUUGCCACCACACCACCCAUUUCGUCCAUACCCCCUUUGCAGGAACCUCCCAGAACACCUUCACCACCACUGAGUUCUCACCCAGACAUCAACACAGACAUUGAUUCAGUGGCUUCUCAGCCAAUGGAACUUCCAGAGAACUUGUCACUGGAGCCUAAAGACCAGGAUUCAGUCUUGCCAGAAAAGGACAAAGCAAAUAAUUCAUCAAGAUCCAAGAAACCCAAAGGGUUAGAACUGGCACCCACCCUUGUGAUCACGAGCAGUGAUCCAAGCCCACUGGGAAUACUGAGCCCAUCUCUCCCUACAGCUUCUCUUACACCAGCAUUUUUUUCACAGACACCCAUCAUACUGACUCCAAGCCCCUUGCUCUCCAGUAUCCACUUCUGGAGUACUCUCAGUCCUGUUGCUCCCCUAAGUCCAGCCAGACUGCAAGGUGCUAACACACUUUUCCAGUUUCCUUCUGUACUGAACAGUCAUGGGCCAUUCACUCUGUCUGGGCUGGAUGGACCUUCCACCCCUGGCCCAUUUUCCCCAGACCUACAGAAGACAUAACCUAUGCACUUGUGGAAUGAGAGAACCGAGGAACAAAGAAACAGACAUUCAACGUGAUUGCAUUUGAAGUGAGCAAUUGAUAGUUCUACAAUGCUGAUAAUAGACUAUUGUGAUUUUUGCCAUUCCCCAUUGAAAACAUCUUUUUAGGAUUCUCUUUGAGUAGGACUCAAGUUGGACUAUAUGUAUAAAAAUGCCUUAAUUGGAGUCUAAACUCCACCUCCUUCUGUCUUUUCCUUUUCUUUUUCUUUCUUUCCUUCCCUCCUUUCCUUUUCUCCUUUCAAAAUAUUUUGAGCUUUGUGCUGAAGAAAUUUUUGGUGGGGUUUAGUGGCUGUGCUUUGCAAGAGCAAUUAAGAACAAAGUUACUCCUUCUGGCUAUUGGGACCCUUUGGCCAGGAAAAAUUAUGCUUAGAAUCUAUUAUUUAAAGAAAUAUUUGUGAAAUGAAUUGGCAUCUUUAGGACUAAGUGUGCUCUGUUGAAUGGCUUAAAGUGAGCUGUUCCUAAGCAGUGGAAGAAGAAUCGUUCUAUUCAUACAAAGUAAGAUUGGAGCAGUCAUACUGGGGAGAUUGUUUUGUGUGAACUAUAACGUGUAAGCAACUCCAUGAAAAGGCAUCUUGUUUACCUUUAUUCAGCGUGGGUCUCUUAGCCAUAUGUAUGAUCCUGUCUGAACCUGUCAACAGAGCAUGGAGCUAGUCUAUUUCACUAUAGAAAGAUUUUUAGACCUGGGGUUUAAGACAGUUUUUGGAACACCUAGUAAGAAUAUGGGACCUCACAUCUAGCACAGAAAUGCUAUUUGCCCUCUGGGUGGUAUGAUUAUAUGCCCAUGGAAUACAGCAUGGGAAAUGAUCACUUUUAGGAGGAUGAACUUGGAUUUUGAAUAUUUGAAACAUCUCUGAGUAAAAUAUUUGAUCAAAUAACUUGAAACAUCAUGUAGUGGUUUUCUCAAUUAGAAGAUAACCAAGUGAAGGACCCUGUCUUUUUCCUGUUCAUUUUACCUCAUUUCUACUACAUAUUUAUCACCUUUCCUUUAUGUUUAAGGUUGUUAGAGGUUAUGAUAGUUUUAAAGAUGCAAUUAGGAAGGUAGAAUUCAAAGUGAAGCCUCCCCAGUGAGAAGCGAAGAUGUGCUUAUUUCCUUUUUUUUUUUUUUUUUUGAGACGGAGUCUUGCUCUGUCACCCAGGGUGGAGUGCAGUGGUGCAAUCUCGGCUCACUGUAAGCUCCGCCUCCCGGGUUCAAGCAAUUCUCCUGCUUCAGCCUCCUGAGUAGCUGGGACUACAGGCAUGCGCCACUACACCUGGCUAAUUUUUGUAUUUUUAGUAGAGACGGGGUUUCACCAUGUUGGCCAGGAUGGUCUUGAUCUCUUGACCUUGUGAUCCGCCCACCUCAGCCUCCCAAAGUGCUGGGAUUACAGGCAUGAGCCACGGCGCCUGGCUCAGAUGUGCUUAUUUCUUUCAACUUUUUUUUUUUUUUUAAUGGGGAAGAGCAGAGUUCAUUUGGGAAUGCUUAUACGUAGGGAUUGGAUUGUUCAUAUUAGUAGUAAAAAAUGUAGGCCUUCUUCUCUACAUUACCAAAUUUUUAAAAUAUUACUAUAUGGUAAUCAAUGCCAGGUACAGAUUUGUUGGUUCCCCAGACUGAAUUGAUAUCAGUAUCACAGUGGAGUCUUUUGAAAAAUUUGGCACUAAAGUCCAGGAUUAAAUUAUAUGUUGUCACCACUCACCACCACUACUACCCUCCCCCACCAAUCUCUCCCACCGGUUAAACUCGUCUUCUAACCCUGUAGAAUCACGUGAACUAAAUGAAGAAGUAAGAACUUGAAGGCUCAGACUGACACUGUUAGAAACUAGCAUCUUCAGAUGCAUGGUAUUUACUUUAAAUGUGCUUAUAUACAGUGUAGAGAAGCUCUUGUAUAAGAAGACAUCUAUGCUAGCUAACUUAGUAGUAGUAGAGGGAACAUAUUCAGUGAGCUGCCUUUAUAUCUGUAGUGUGGGAGACUUGUUACUGGUUCAUUUGUGGUUAUCAGUUGAAGGUUCUGUUCCUGAGAUGUGCAAUAGUAGUGUUGAAAGGUAUUGUUUAAUAGUGAUGGGGAACAGACAUAUUGGACUUUUUUUCCAUAUUAAAUUAUUUAGUUUGCAUGCCUGUUUGAAAUUGGACCUCUCAGCAGCACUUUGGAAUAAUUUUAAUUAGGUUAACAUUUUGUACAUUAAAUAAGUAGAUAUAGAUGGUUGAUUUAACUAGAUGUGUUAAAUUUUGAAAACACAAAGGUAUUUUAUCUUUUUGAAUUAAAGGAGAAAAGCCAUUGAUUUGUUUUCACAGACGGUAUUUUUAAUAAUUAACUGUCUCAGCACAGAGGUACCUUGGAACCAAGGGCACCAUUGAAACUCAGUUGAAGCAACUUCCUAGUAAACCAUUUUAGUGAGUCCUUUUUGCAUAAACCUAUAGCUUCUCAGAGGUGUGAGGCUGUCACAGAUUGGUGAUCUGCUAUCUCUUUGAGAUCAACUAAUUUGGAGAAGUGUGUGUGUGUGUAUCCUUUUUUAAGUCAAAGUUUACAACUUUACUGCAGGUGUAUGAGGCAGACAGUUCUGUUUAUAGACUACCUCCUUCCUGGAAAAGUCUCAGCUUCAUAUUCUGUUGAAUAUCCGGAGAAUUCUUAGUGUGAAAGGUGAUGUACCACUUCAGAUCAGUUUUCACUGGAGAGACUUGUAAUUGGUAGCUGUAGCUCGUAUCCAUCCCUAGUCACUUUGCCAGGAUGAAUGCUGUUGGGCAGCAGUAGCCUAAGUUACGGAAGGGGAGCAGAUUGGUGUGUUACCCAGGGUGGACUCAAACUCCCGGGCUCAAGUGAUCCUCCUGCCUCAGCCUCCUGCAUAGCUGGGCUACAGGCGUGCACCACCACACCUGGCUUAGUAAUCCUUCUUUAUUAAUGGUUUGUCACAGUACGUUUGUGACGUUACAUUGCUCAUGGCAUACUUUAUGUGUUUGAACAAAGGUGGAAAUUUCCGUUGAUUUUUAAAAAAAUUUAUGCACAAAGAAUCUGGAUUUUGAGGACUACUGUAAGGAAAAAAAAGAAUUAGAGGCCCUUAAAAGGUCAACCGUAAGCUUCUUAGAGUUAAAAUAUGAGUUAAUUUUUUCCCACAUUUUGACAGUUGAAAUUUUGAUAGGGACAGUAAACCUAUGAGCCUCUAUUAGGGUACUGGAUUUUUUUUAACUGGAAAAUUCCUUGAAGAUUUACAUACUAUAUUACAGAUUUUAAAAGUCAAGACUGACUUAAGUAAAUCAGAGGUUUGGAAUUCUGGAGCUGUAACUCCAGCCUGUUGAUAAUAUCACUUCAGUUCCAUUCACCCCUGCAUUGUGCGACGUCCAGUCUGACAACAUUGUUUCAUCCUGAUCUGACUUUCUACUAUGAUUCUCAAGUUCUUAAAGGUGUCCCUUUAUGUUUUUGGUGAAUGUAAGCACAUUUAGAGCCACUCAGUACCACUUCUCAAUACCUCUGAAGCAGUGGUUCAGAAAAGGAGUGUCCAGCCUUUUUGAACACACAAAUUGAUCAGUAUGAGUUAUUGAACAUAAAAACUUUCCCUAUUAAAAAUUCAUAUGGGUAUAUGUUAAAUUAUAUACCGCUAUACCAAAGUAAUAUGUGUGUUAUAAAAAAAAUACACAAAAAUUGAAAUGAAGGAUGGCAUAAAAAGUAAUUCUUGAAUAGCAGUUAUAGAAUUUUCUUCCCACACCCCAGUUGGUUGUCUUGUGCACCCUCCAGAAGCACACGCUUUUCCUAAAGACUGCUGACUCAGGAUAUUCUCAUUCUAAUCUCCAAACAUAUAUGAUGCUCCUCUUAUGAUAUAUGGAGAAAUCCUAGAGAUUUGGAGUUUUUCAGGAGAGCUUAUUGUCAACUUUUGAAAUUUCACAUUAAUUCUUUUUGAUAAAUUCCCAAAUAAUAAUCCAUUACCACAUGUUUUCCACAGCUUUAUUCCUAUUACUUUCAUCAGCCUGUUGUCUCUUAUCUUCAUGUUAGGUAUGACUCUAUUUUUAUUUUACUAGUCUGCUCACAGACUUCUUUGGGACUUAUGUUAUAUUUUACCAACAAAUUUAGAAUUAUUUCAAGUUGCUUUAUGUUAAAAUAUAUAACAAGUUACAUUUUCUUGCUGCAUUAAUAAGUUUUUGAUUUUUAAAAUCUGAUAUUUCAGCAACUAAAGGAAUACUUUUCUUUAUAGGUCUGUUGUGUUUUUAACCUCAUUGACUGUAUAUGUUUUAUUUACCCGUGCCAGGAGUCUAGAAUCGUGCUUAGGUGCCAUUCUUAGGUGUGAAAACAAGUUUGGAGACCAAUGCAGGUCUCUGUGCAGAAAUCUGGGGCUCUAAAUGAAUUACCAAACCAAUAGGAAAGUUAAAAAGACUACUCAUGAUGUAGUGUGUCAUCUGAAGCUAUGAUAGAAUACAUUAUUUCUAAAAUAGUAUUGAGAAGUUAAUUGUUCAGUCCAUAGUAGUGUAAGUGAAGUGUGGAGGUCAGCCAUAAUUGUCUUUCUUCAGCAGGUACUCUGACCAGAGACUGGGUUCUGUGGAAAAUAGAAUUAUAUUCUUGGUUUGGGAUCAACAAAUGUUUUGUUAUUGUUUUAAUGUUGCUGGCAUUGCCUGAAACAAAGUGUCCUGUUAUUCCUCUUAUGUCAUCAGAACUCUGCUUACUGAAGUUGAAGUUUUAAUCUUAGGAUCUAGAAUUCUUGUGGUUGGUCGUGUAUUAAGAAAAGAAGGUGGUUUGAUUUUAUUUCUUGUACUUGGUGGAACCUGUUACUAUACGAAUCAUGUUUUGACCUGUAAGCCGAGCAAAUCUGAAAGGUGAAUCGUUAAUGGUACUAUAAUUGUUUCAUUUGAAGCUGUCAGUUUCUUCAGGUCACUUCUCUGAAAAAAAUUGUGAUAGAUUGAUAGCCUGCCAGAAAACAGCAAUUUCUAAGGUGCUGCCAUCCACACUUACUCAUUGUGAAAUAUGAAAAUCCAGAGUGGUUUGUAUGAGAGGGGAAAUACUGGCUCUAAGCUUUCUACAGAAAACAGGAAAUUCAUGCUGUUGUUGACAUAAUUUUAAAGGAAACUUUUAACAAGAAAAUUCAUGAGGGAUACAAUCAAACAUAGUUAAUCUCUUGAGUGCUAAUCAUUUGAGUAUAGUCCACAUCAGGAAGUUUUAUGAGGUUGAAAACUUUACUUUGAAAUAUUUAAUUGGGAGACUAGACCAUUUCUUUCCAAGUCAUUCUGAUUUAUUGUCCUAGUAAAUGUAUGUGUAUGCGUAUAUACUGAUGUAUUGACUGAAUGUGUGUGUGUGUGUGUGUAAAUCUGUUUUCACAGGGAACAUACAUUGAUGGCUCCUAGUCUAUUUUAUACUAAAACUUAAAAAAAUUUGCUGCACUUUGCAGUUGCCACUUUUUAAAAGAUUAAUGCUUUGCACAUUUCAGUAGGCCUUAAAGACGAAUUGCUCACCAACAUUUUAGAAAUACACUGCUUACAUGUGACAUACUCUAAACAAAGUCAUAGUAAACUGUUCUCUUAGGUUCAUGUAUUAUUGAGCAAAUAAGGAUGUCCUUUCUUAAAAUUUCUACAUUUAUGUUUGCUUUUGUGUAAAAUCUUUAUUAGUUUGUGUGUAAAUUUCUCAAAGAGGAGGUUUAUACUGGAAGCAGUAUUUCUAAAGUACAGAGAUUCGACCAUGGAUUGAAUACAGUAGUGGAGGAAUGCUGGCAUUGUGGCCUAAUUUAUCCUUUUAAACUGUAUGUCAUUAGUAUUAGCCAAAACCUCAGAGUGGAGUGUCUUGGGCUGAAUGAUCUUCUCAACUUUGCCUUGUUUCCCAUCUCAUAAAGGCUCCUUCUGGUUGUUUUCCCUUCCAAGGAUUGUGAGUCAUGCUCACAUAGGCCUGGGAUCUUCUGGAUGGGGUUGGGAGGAGGUGUAGGGGUUUCCUGUGGCUGGCCCAGAGUUCUAGCCAAUGGAAUCAUUCAAGAAUGCCUAAAGUUCAGGGGUGGGAAUGCCAUAUAUUGGUGUUAAUCACUUGGCACUUUCUUGGACACCAAUAUUAGCACUGUUUCAUUUUUAAUAACUGGAAGCACUUAAUGAUUUUGUUUGUUUAAUUUCAACUUAAGGAUAUUGAGGGUCAGGGAAGUAAGGUUGAUUUCUUGUUUGUGUUUUCUGGAAUUUAUAGGGUGUUUGUAGAAGGGAUAAAUGGGUUACCUAAUGAGCCAUUCUUCUAGGCUCUGUAAGAUAUGCCCUCUUGGCUAGGAUAUUUUAAAAUAAUUUGCAAGCUUUUAAUAUUGUGCUUUGUAGAAAUUUACGAUUUUUAAAAAUAAUUUGCAAUUGAUAGAUUACACUUAAAUUUGUAAAGUAUCCAAUUUUAAGUUUCUUUUCUGUUUGGUCAUUGUUGCUUAUUGUCUAUUGUGUAGGGGACACAAUCCUGACAUUUCAUUGUUUUGUUUCUUGGGGCAGUAUUAACCAGUGGCCUUUGUAUGUACAUUCAUUGCUUACAUUAAUUGUUUAAGUGGUAGAGUAGCAUUUUUAUGAACUUCCCUGUUCAGUGUUAGUGAAAUUAACAGAUGCGUAUAUGUAAAGAUAGAAAAGAAAUGAAUACAAUUAAUUUUUUAUUCCUUGAGGCCUAUUUAUUUGUUUUGGCCCUGGAUCUUUUCUAAUCACAAUUACAUUUCUUUAUUUUUGCCUUUGAGCAGUUUCAUUUAUCUUUGUGGGCAGGGAAGAUUAAAUAUGAAAUUUAGUCCAGUCAUUUUGCUACUGGUUAGCUUUAGUUGAGGCAAGUAAAAAUUUUUGAUUAAAAUUAGUUUCUUAAAAUUAUGCCCUUGCUUUACCAAAUAAUCAAACUGGCUAAAAAAUAGGGUAUAUAACUUUGCAUUUUGAAGAACAAACUGAUAAUUUUUCAUGAGCCCUACUCGAUCUUCUUUAAAGAAGACCUUCCUAAGAGACAAUUAGGGAUGAGUUUGAUUAAUGGGAAAUAACUCUAGGUUAGAUUAUUUUAAAUUCCAUACACCAAGUGAUUUAACCACAGUGGCAGUGACAGUUUCUGAACAAUCAAGUAUGAACAUCACUUAAAAAUUAAAAGAUGAUUAAUAAUAAACUCUUAAUUUUCAUUAAGCCAAUCUGUAAUUCAGAAGAAAAGCAUAUGUCUGCCAUGGGACUAUUGCAGUGCGUCUCCAUCAGUGUUAACACAGGAGAGAUGUGUUAUUUUAUGUGUAUGUCUUAGUUUGGGAUAUGUGGUAGUAAGAACAUGUCAAGAGUGCUUUCUUCAAACCUGUCAGCUCAACUGAGAAGACAGUUACUUCAUUGCUUAUUUUUUCCCUUGUUUUAUUGAAAUCUGUAUCUCAUAUCCAGUAUCUAACACUUUGUAGAGAUACUUACAUAUAAUGUAAGUGCACACCUACCCAGAGGAAUGGAUAACUGUUAAAGUGUUAAUAAUAGCUCGUCUUAGUUGAUUUCAGCAUAAUUUAUAUUAGGGAGACCUAAAAAGCACCUUCAAAGUAUUAAAAGCACCUUUUUUUUUCUUUUUCUUAAAAAAGCAAUUAAAAUGGUCACUGCUAACAUUUAUUAAAAUUCAUGUUAGUUGAUGAAACAGCUGGAGGGAAGCUGCUACAUCACGUAGCUAAGCAGUCUGACUUACCUGUUGGGAAACAAAGGGAUAUUGCUCCAAGAUUGAUUAGGAUGAUUGUAGCUAGAGUCUUGAAUUCUAUCUGCAUGCGGCAGAGAAACUUUAUAGAGAGUGUAGAGAGGUGAGCGAAAGGAUGCGAAAGCACUUUGAGGGCUUUAUAAUAAUAUGCUGCUUGAAAAAAAAAACGUGUAGUUGAUACUCAGUGCAUCUCCAGACAUAGUAAGGGGUUGCUCUGACCAAUCAGGUGAUCAUUUUUUCUAUCACUUCCCAGGUUUUAUGCAAAAAUUUUGUUAAAUUCUAUAAUGGUGAUAUGCAUCUUUUAGGAAAGAUAUACAUUUUUAAAAAUCUAUUUUAUGUAAGAACUGACAGAGGAAUUUGCUUUGUAUAAUGCAAGCUGGCUUUACAAAAGCACUGUAGCAAAUUUACUACAAGUCUAAAAGUAUACAUAUAUGUUAAUAGAUAUAUGUGCAACUAGAUAUGGACAGCAAUUGUAUUUUUUUAAAUAAAUAUUUUUAACAAAA